AUGGUUAUUACUGCUAUUGUUAUUACUGCUAUUGUUAUUACUGCUAUUGUUAUUACUGCUAUUGUUAUUACUGCUAUUGUUAUUACUGCUAUUGUUAUUACUGCUAUUGUUAUUACUGCUAUUGUUAUUACUGCUAUUGGUAUUACUGCUAUUGUUAUUACUGCUAUUGUUAUUACUGCUAUUGUUAUUACUGCUAUUGUUAUUACUGCUAUUGGUAUUACUGCUAUUGUUAUUACUGCUACUACUACUGCUAGUGCUACUCCUACUACUGCUACUCCUGCUACUGCUGCUGCUCCUGCUACUGCUGCUGCUCCUGCUACUGCUGCUGCUCCUGCUACUGCUGCUGCUCCUGCUACUGCUGCUGCUACUGCUACUGCUGCUGCUACUGCUACUGCUACUGCUACUGCUACUGCUCCUGCUACUGCUACUGCUACUGCUACUGCUACUGCUACUGCUAGUGCUACUGCUACUACUAGUGCUACUGCUCCUACUAGUGCUACUACUGCUACUAGUGCUACUGCUACUAGUGCUCCUGCUACUAGUGCUCCUGCUGCUCCUCCUCCUGCUGCUCCUCCUCCUGCUGCUGCUCUUUAUGCAAAAGGAUCUUUAAAAGGUAAACAUUUGCUUUAUGCAAAAGGAUCUUUAAAAGGUCAAGAUUUGCUUUAUGCAAAAGGAUCUUUAAAGGAGAAGGUACAGGUUGUGUUGAUCGGGGUGCUAGGCUUACUACUGUCAGGAAAAUUUGAUUCAAGUUAUUCAAAGAAGUCGAAGGGUCAGUUGGUGUCAUUCAGGAGAGGAGCGAUCUCAAUUGGAUUCACGCCAUCAUCUCAGGCCUAG